AGUUUACUCGGGCCGGGUCGCUUGGCCAGCAGCUGCGAGCCAUGGCUGUGUACCACAGGAUGCUGCGUCUGGGGAAGCUGUGCGUCGGGAGCCUGGGGGCGCACGGACCCCGGGCCAUCGCCGCCCGGGAUUGGCAGGAAGCAAAGUUGCCUUUCGUCCGCCGGCUCAGUUCCGUACAGGUAGACUGCACCAGCCCCUUGCCUAUUGGAGGCCUCAGCUAUGUCCAGGGCCAUACCAACCUCCAUCUUGUCAACACAACUGUGGGUGGGUGCCUGGAUGCCACGGCACAGAAGUUCCCCAACCGAGAGGCCUUGAUCAUCAUGCAUGAAAACAUCAGGCUGACUUUUGCCCAGCUCAAGGAGGAGGUGGACAAAACUGCUUCCGGCCUCCUGAGCGUUGGCCUCCGCAAGGGUGACCGGCUAGGCAUGUGGGGGCCCAACUCCUAUGCAUGGGUACUCAUGCAGCUGGCCACUGCCCAGGCGGGCAUCAUCCUGGUGUCUGUGAACCCAGCCUACCAGGCCAUGGAGCUGGAGUAUGUCCUCAGAAAGGUGGGCUGCAAAGCCCUUGUGUUCCCUAAGCAAUUCAAGACGCAGCAAUACUACAACAUCCUGAGGCAGAUCUGUCCAGAGCUGGAAAAGGCCCAGCCAGGGGCCUUGAAGAGUAAGAGGCUCCCAGACCUCACCACAGUCAUCUCAGUGGAUGACCCUUUGCCGGGGACCUUGUUGUUGGAUGACGUGGUGGCCGUUGGUAGCAAGAAACAGCAUCUGGACACGCUGCGGUACACUCAGCAGUUCCUGUCCUGCCAUGACCCCAUCAACAUCCAGUUCACUUCGGGGACGACGGGCAGUCCUAAGGGAGCCACUCUCUCCCACUACAACAUUGUGAACAACGCCUACCUGGUCGGCCAGCGCCUGAAGAUGCCCACGAAGACCCCAGAGGAGCUGCGGGUGGUCGUGCCCAGCCCUCUGUACCACUGCCUGGGCUCCGUGGGGGGCACCAUGGUGUGUGUGAUACAUGGUGCCACCCUCCUCCUGUCCUCUCCGAGCUUCAAUGGCAAGAAGGCGCUGGAGGCCAUCAGCAAAGAGAAGGGCUCCUUUCUGUACGGCACCCCCACGAUGUUUGUGGAUGUUCUCAACCAGCCAGACUUCUCCAGUUAUGACUUCUCAUCCAUACGUGGAGGCUUGAUUGCUGGGUCCCCUGCGCCCCCGGAGCUGAUCAGAGCCAUCAUCAAAAAACUGAACAUGAAGGAGCUGGUGGUGGUUUAUGGAACCACAGAGAACAGUCCUGUGACCUUCAUGAACUUCCCUGAGGACAGCCUGGAGCAGAAGGCGGAAAGUGUGGGCAGAAUUAUGCCUCACACAGAGGCCCAGAUUGUGAACAGCGCGACAGGGGAGCUGGCUAAGCUGAACACGCCAGGAGAGCUGUGCAUCCGAGGGUACUGCGUCAUGCAGGGCUACUGGGGCGAGCCCAUGAAGACCUUUGAAUCAGUUGGACAAGACAAGUGGUAUCGGACAGGAGACAUCGCGUGCAUGGAUGAGCAAGGCUUCUGCAAGAUCGUGGGCCGCUCCAAGGACAUGAUCAUCCGGGGCGGUGAGAACAUCUACCCCGCAGAGCUGGAAGACUUCUUUCAUACGCAUCCACAGGUGCAGGAAGUGCAGGUGGUGGGGGUCAAGGACAAACGGAUGGGGGAGGAAAUCUGUGCCUGCAUCCGGCUAAAGAGCGGGGAGACCACCACGGAGGAGGAGGUCAAAGCUUUCUGCAAAGGGAAGAUCUCCCACUUCAAGAUUCCCCGCUACAUCGUGUUUGUGGACGACUACCCCCUCACCAUCUCAGGGAAGAUCCAGAAAUUCAAACUCCGGGAGCAGAUGGAACAGCAUCUAAAACUGUGAAGCAACGGAGGAGGGGGGCCUUCCUGGCCCUCCCUAAUCCUCCCCCACCCCCUGGUCAUCUUUGUGACUUGGCAUAAAAAGUUCUGUUUGGCUGGCG